AUGAGUUCAAGUGUUAGUUCAGAUGUUGCCUAUGUGUUUAAACAUUUGGAUGAAAUAACAAGCGAUAAACAUAGACACAAAAAACAUUUUCGUGUUCAAUACAAUGAAGAUGAAAGUCUUGAUGGUAGUAAUCGUUACAGCAAAGACGAAACACAAUUGCAACCUCAGGUCGAAGUUGAUGAUGUCGAUGAUAAAAGUUAUCGAACAUUGAUUAUGGUCGAUCCUGAUGCACCAAGCAGUGAUGAUCCGAUAAAAGGUCCUAUUCUUCAUUGGCUUGUAGCUAAUUUUCAAUCAAAAGAUCUUAAAGAUGGUCAUACAUUAUAUGCAUAUAAAUGUCCUGCACCUCCAGUCGGUUCUGGUCCUCAUCGGUACAUCUUCUUUCUUUAUCAAUCAAUUGAUAAAAUUCCGGAAAGGAAAAUCGAUAGUGAACAUCGUUUACGUUUUCCACUUCAACAAUAUGUCACUGAUAAUCGUCUCGGACUUCUCAGUGCUACUUAUUUUACCGUUGAUAACUAA